CAUAACAUUUUAUGUAUCAAAUUUCAGGACCAAAGAUAGCUCUCAGAGAGACAUCUAUCAGCUUAUUUGGGAUAUUGAAACAAGCACAGUGUCCAUAAAUUAAGGUUGCUGACGUUUGGAGACCACUUUCUGUGCAGAAAUCAACAUGUCGUUCAGUCAGUACUCAGAUGACCCCGGCCGGGCAUCAUACCAUGCCGGAGCCUCUGGAAGAGACAGUUCCAGCGAGUUCACCAGACUCACGCAAUGUGUCAGUUCCAAUGUUCAGAAGAUUACCAGCAAUGUGUCCCAGGUCCAACGCAUGGUCAACCAGCUUGGUACAGCACAGGACACACAUGAGCUACGAGACAAACUCCACCAGAUGCAGCACUACACGAACCAGCUCGCCAAGGACACAAACAAGUACCUGAAGGACUUGAGCAACUUGCCGAACCCUUCAUCACAGUCAGAACAGAGGCAGAGAAAAAUGCAGCGUGAGCGCCUGACCAACGACUUUUCCACAGCGCUCAACAACUUUCAGACUGUACAACGUCGUGCUGCGGAGAAGGAGAGAGAAUGUGUGUCGCGAGCUCGCGCUAACUCUGGGUUACCCCCAGUAAGUAAUGCAAGCACAUCCCCUAAUCCCUUUGAUGAUGAUAUAAGGACGGGUGACGGACAACUUAUUGCAAUUGACGGAGACCAGGGCGGCUCCAGCAUGACAGCACAGAUGAUGGAGGAGGAGAGUAACCUGGAGAUGAUCCGGGAAAGAGAGACAGCCAUCAGGCAGCUGGAGGCUGACAUCAUGGAUGUGAACAGUAUCUUCAAAGACUUGGCCACAAUGGUCCAUGAACAGGGAGAGAUGAUAGACUCCAUAGAAGCUAAUGUGGAAAGUGCUGCCAUCCAUGUGGAGUCAGGAAACCAGCAGCUGCGACAAGCCUCUGACUACCAGAAAAAGUCCCGGCGGAAGCUGUGUAUCAUACUGAUUGUGGGCCUCAUAGCCUUGGGGAUCAUUGGCCUUAUUAUCUAUCUAUCUGUACGUUAAUGUUGGAAUGUAUGUGUUCCAAGACAAGCAACACAAGACCUACAUCCCUCUCUAUCUAAUGCAGCAUACAAGUGGUGGGGAAAAAGGACAAAAAAGUUGAACUGAAAUUCAAAUGUGUCUAUAAUGGUAGUUUUCUACCUUGUUUUACUUUGUUCUCUGAAAUUGACAAUGUAAAUCUCUGUAAAAGUCUCUUGGCAGAAAUAUCCGUACAGUUUAGUCUUUUGAGCUAUUUCUAGGACAUUCCUUCAAGUAAUUUUCCAAUGAUGUUUAUAGUAGUAAAGCCAUUUCUGAUAGUACAAGCCAUCUCCUUCAAUAUAACAUAUACAUACAUGUAUACCUUCUAUUCGAAAAUCAUUGCUGUGUAGGAGAGAAAGCUCUGUCUGUAGAUGUCAAGUAUUAUCCAUGUCACGGUGCAUGGAAAAAUGAAUUGCUCUUAAAAGUGAUUAACAUAGAAGACUUAUAAAGUGAAGGGCACUGUACAUAGGAAAAUGUAGGUUAUCAAAAAGUUUAAGAAAUGAGAACCUUGUUGCCAAGUACUGAGCAAGAUAAGAUGUAGCUGUGUGUUGUUGUACAGAAUUCUAUAUUUCUCUUUUUUCAAAAGGACAAAUAUUUGUAUAGCAGCAUUGUAGCAACUCUGUAGUUAUAGAAUGUGCAUCUUUUGCAGAAAUAUUAAAGAUAGGCAGAAAUAGACACUGUCAAACAUAUUCAUUGAAUGGCAAGAAUACAAACUUGCUUUUUACUUCUUCAUUUUGGUCUAUGCCAUUGCAAGAAAUGGAGAAAAAAGUGUUGAAAAAAAGUAUGAAAGUUCUAAUUGUCAUUCAAGAUGGCCAGGAAUGUGGGUCUUGUGUGGGUCAUGCAACAACUUAAGAAUUUCCACUGAUACUCUGUAAAUACUAACUCCAGUGGUGAGUUAAUUUAUGCACUGUCAAAUUGUAGAAGCAUUUGUAUUUCAGAAUGUGUAGUUCUGACAUGUAACCUUGCAAAGAAGGAAUGUAAAACAGACCAGGAUUAAAGAUACAUUGGAAGACAUUUACUAUAUGUAUUCAUCAAAAACAAUUGUUAGCAUUGCAUUCAUAUUUACAAAGUCUUCUCAUAAUCAUAUGCUGAUGUAGCAUUUUGUGCUGUACUUCAUAGCAUACCAAAUUGAAAGCAAAAUAUCUUGCAGUAUCUUUAGUCAGAGUACUAAUUGUCAACACUCACAACUUUCUGCAUGCCGUAUUUAAGAAAGCACACACUUUCAACAUCACUAAAAGAAUUUUCCAUGUGUACAUAAUUGGUGUAUUAUAUAGUCAUAUGUAUCUGGGCAUAAAUAAUAAUUUAAUGAUGUUGGAAAUCACCAACAUUGGAAUUAUUGUUACAAUCAAUCUGCAAGUUUGCCCUGUUUACAAGUGUAUGCUUCUGGAUAUAUAUUUCAUUGAGGCUGGAGUCUGUUAUUGAAAAAAAUUCUGGAACAGUUGUACAUGUUUUUCUGUAAUUGUGUAUGCUGCAAUGUGCUACAAGGCAGCAGUGUCACAUUAUUUUGGGUAAAGGGAACUUCACACAAUGCAAGAUUUUCACAGGAGUUCUAAUGCUUUAACAUUGUAUGGUUCUCUGAAUAUGUUGAAAACAAACAUCACUGUUCUUUGCAAGUGAAUGUUGAAUAUUUUUGGGAUUAAUUGCUUGCAUCAGCACAGGUGGUAAAAUUACCUUUUUGCUGUUUUAUUCUACCAGUAUGUCAGACUGCCAUAGCAAUCAAUAGCCUCCACAUUUCCCUGGAUUAAUAUGCAUUGGUCUGGUAAAUUUAUUUUGAUCCACUUUUUUAUUUGAACUGAAUUGUGAGGAUUUUAGUUGGAGGAUUUAGUUUGUUAUUCUUUCCCUUUUUGACGGAAAAGAAAUUUGAUCUUUGAUAAAAAAAAGCUAUUGACACAUUAUAUAUCACACAAUGAUAUUCAUGCUGGUUCAAGUAAAAUAAGACUACAAAGGUCUCACGUAACAUUAAAAAAUUAAUGAAUUCAAGAAGGUUACAAUGUACUUUCAUGGUGAUGAUAUCUGUUGUACUUGAAUGGUUAGUAUGGUUACAUAAGUCAACGUCUUUCUUCCAGAUACCUAAAUGAGUCAGCCUCAGAAAACAUAAGAUCAACAAGACAGAAUGAAUGAAAGCUUGUCUUGAGAGACCUAACUGUAUAUACACAAAUGUAUUACUAAGAGUCCCAUUAAACCAUGAUCUU